UAAUGGGCCUUCAGUGUACGAAACAAAAAGAGAAAAAACCAAUCAAAAUACUUGAGAUCAAACAAUCCUAAAGCAGUCCUUAAACACUCAGUACCACAAAGGAGGCUAUUGAUUUUGUGGAAAGCCAAUCUUUAGCUAAUGUGAUGAGAACAAAGCCAGUCAAAGAAUAUUUACAAGAGUAGAUUGCAAAAAAUUAAAUAUACGUUGAUUCUUGUGAUAUUCUGGCAGAAAGAAUUGAAAGCAAAUCUUAAUUGAUACUCAGAUCUUACAAUAACUAUACAGAGAAGGCUUUAAAAAUUAAAUCCAAAGUUUUAGAAUAUUAUAGAAAUGAAUACAUAAACUAUAUUAAUUCUAAAAAUGAUUCUCUUAAAAAUAGAGAGUUUAUCAUCAAAGAAACAAUUUAAGUAAACUUUAUAUAAUCUUUUAUAUAGUUACUUGUAGAAACAACAAUUAUUCUGAAUUGUUUAAUGGAUAAAAACUUUGAUGAUGAAACAGAAUUAUGGUGGGGAGGUGAUUACUAUAGUGAUCGAAUUAAAGAGUUAUCUCUUUCUGUUGAUACUUCAGAAAACACUGAUCCUAUAACAACUCCAAUCUUAUAAUAUUUAAACACAUUAAAAAGUAAAAUACUCUAGGUGAUUCCUAUUUUACCUAGCUAAAAUAAGUCUAUUGCUAAUAGUGUAGCCAUUACUAAUGUUCAUUUGACUUAGUUUUAUAAAGAUUUGAAACUAGAAUUUGCAAAAGAUGUAGAAGAAGAAGUUAAUUGA